CUCAAUCAAACCCCAUGCCUAUAUAUUUCAUGCCAAAAACAGAUUAACCCCCGAAUUUACAAAACAAACCCACACACUCUCUCUCUCUCUAAACUCAUUACUCUCUGAAGUCUGAACUUCAACGUUGGUGAAAAUUUUGUCAAGGCUACAGUCACGCACAAUGGGUCGAACUAAGAGAAAAUUGAACUCACCCAAUUCAGAUUCCGUCAAAUUAUCCCAUGUUGAUCACGGCCGUUCUUCCUCAAAAAGAGCUACAGUGAAAAUGGUGAAAUGUGAAGAUAACCCCCUUUUCUAUUCAUAUGCAAACAGGUCGUUAGGCAUGAUCGAUCCCGAAGGAAUUGAAGCACUUUGUUCGGAUUUGGGAGUGGAUCACACGGAUGUCAGGAUAUUGAUGCUUGCCUGGAAAAUGAAUGCUGAAAAGCAGGGGUACUUUUCUCUGCAUGAGUGGCGAAAAGGUCUGAAAGCUCUUCAAGUUGACUCUAUCAGGAAAUUAAAGAAAGCACUCCCAGAACUGGAGAAAGAGGUCAGGAUGCAUCAAAAUUUUGAGGAAUUUUAUGCUUAUGCAUUUCGAUACUCCCUAACAGAAGAGAAGCAGAAGUAUAUAGACAUUGAGAGCAUCUGUGAACUGCUAAAUCUUGUUUUAGGAUCUCAAUUCAGGCCCCAGGUUGAUAAAUUCACCGAGUAUCUAAAGGUCCAGAAUGAAUAUAAGAUGAUAAACAUUGAUCAGUGGAAAGGCUUUCUGCGAUUUUGCAGCGAGAUAAGUUUCCCGGACCUUCAAAACUAUGAUCUAAGUGAAGCUUGGCCUUCGAUUCUAGACAAUUUUGUUGAAUGGAUGAGAGAGGAAAAGCACAGCUAGCCUCAAAAUAACUAUUAAUUGAACGGCUGAUCUGACAAGUUACCUCACUUGGAAUCUGAACAAAAUCGAAUGUUGGAAAUUGGAUCUGCAAUCGUAACCAACUUUGUUGUGAUUGACCUGUUCGCAAGAAUGUGUGGAUACAAUCGUUAAACUUCCAGACAGCAGGCUGACUUUAUUGAGAUUACUUUGAUGGAGUCCUCUCCCAUGUCAUUGUUUUGCAAUGUUUACUUUUUUGGAUUUUCUUUUUGGUUUAUUUGGUUCUCCUCUCUCUCUCUUCCUUUGUUGACAGUUCAAGGAAAAUCCAUUCAUUUUGACAUAGAAAAGAAACAUACUGCAGUUAUAUAAAAGUGGUUGGAAAGUCAAGAAUGUAUAGAGCUAUACCAAUGAUCAAGGACAGAGAAAUGGAAAAUAUGUGCUCUAUUUUACAUUCUGAAUGUCACUUUCUUUGUGUUGAUAGUCUCAGCUUCCAUGCGGGCUUUGUCGAGGUCUCAUGGUAGAUUGUCAUUGUGGGUGGUGAUUUGUUAGUUCGUUCAUUAUCAAAGUGAGAGAAACCUAUGCGUAUGGCAUGUAUCAAUCAUUAUGUUACAUUGAUAGUGUUUUAUGUUCUUUCCUGGCUGUUGUCCAAUUUUACCUUAUUACUCUCGAUUUAAGUGACAUCCUUGCACCUA